AUGGUCCUGCAUGUGGGGUUGCUGUUGCUCUGGGUCUGCCAGCUUCACAGUGUGAUCGGUCCUGACUAUGAAGAAACUAUAAUUCACUUUCCAGAAGUCAAAGAUGGCGAAUGUUUCUUUCCAUUCCACUACAAAAAUGAAAUAUUCUAUGACUGCGUCAAGUUCACGAUGAAGCACAAGUGGUGUUCCCUAAAUGAGACUUACCAAGGAUAUUGGAAAUACUGCUCUGAAGACGACUUUGCAAAAUGCGUGUUUCCCUUCUGGUACAGACACAUGAUCUACCGGGAAUGUACUGAAGAUGGGGACGCGUUUGGGAAAAAAUGGUGUUCGCUGACCCAGCAUUAUAACAAGGACAAGAUGUGGAAAUACUGUGACUGAUGGUGAGAUUUUCUGGGAGGGGCGUGAAAAGAUCUAAUCGUUCUCAUGGGAAAUAAUCUCCAGUUUCUUUUGUGAAAGGAGGAGAUGGGACCCUCCUUGAAAGGC